AUGUCCUACCCAUCAGGUGGGAAUGGCGCCGGAGGUGGGCGAUACAACACCCCGGGCCAGUUUGGCAACGAUCCGGCCCGUUCUUCAACGCCGGGGGGGCUCAAGAGGAGAAAGGGACAAGAUUCCCUACGUGUCGAUAUGAGCGAACCGGAAAGCCCCAUAGCAUCUCCAGUGUCAGGCCCGGCUACGACCCGAUUUCCAGCCCUGGCUCCGGCUCCGGCUCCGGCUCUUGCUCCUCAUCCAGCUGCUAAACGGUAUUCAUCUACCGGUCGUUAUCGGAACAUCCCUCCACCUCCGACCUCAAGUGCCAUUUCACCUGCGAUUUCAGUUGAUAAGGAGAAAGUGUUGUUAGUGGAAGAGAGGAAGCGUGCUUGGCGCAAAUCGAUGGCGGACAGGAGAGCCUCCGACGACGCAGCCCAGGGCCAACCUAAGAAUAACCCUCCUCCUCAAAGAAGUUACUGGGAGUCGGGCUCUGGUUGGGAUAAUGUCGUGGAAGAGGAGAACAUUGGGGGUGAUCCGGGUAUGAGAGUGAAAGCCGGAGGCAAUGGAGAUUUCAAGGAGGACGAGACGCCGCUGGAUGAUGACUACGAGAGUGAUUGGGAAAUCGAGCAAGCCAACAACAACCCGGAACCCCGGAAGCCCCAGUUGAUGUUCGAACGGUAUGUCGGUGACGGUACCGGCGCCACGAGGGUCGUCAGAGAGAUCAAAAAGGCGUACGAGUCAGACGAAGAAAAAGAUGAAAUCGAAAACACUGAGGACCUCGAUGAUGAUGGCAAGCCUGUGCCUGUGCAAGGCAGAAACGAACUAGGACGCUACCGAGAUUUGAACAAUCCUUUCACGUUCAACCCCUUCACCAGCCAGGAAGGACAUAGGGCGGAGAAUCAAGCUUAUCUUGAGGAGUAUGACCGGUACCGAGACGAAAAUAAUGGGAAAGUGUACGACAUGAAACUCACAUACAUGCCGUACGAUGAGGGAUUGAUACGCGAUAUGCGGAACAUAAUCGCCCAGUUAUUCAUACACAAGGACCACGCCAUAGCACUGUUGGAUCAGAGGGUUGAUAAGCUCGGUCUGUUGAGGGAGUACAUCAAAGCAUCAAAAGACGAUACAAUCAUCAAGGCUUUCAGCACCCUGCUGGAAUAUUUCGACCAGGCAAGCAAAACAAAGAUGCAGCUAAUGAUGGAGUUCCGAUCCCUGAUGAUCAGGGUGGACGAUGACAAGCACGAGAAGGAAUCCUUGGAGAAUCAACUUACUCAGACGGAACAAAAGUUGGAGGAUCAAAAGAACUCAGAGGAAGACACGUACAAUCAGCUUAUGGACGAGAAGAAAGCGAGGGCAGAGGAAGCAUAUGAGCUUGGGCAACUCCGAAGCUUCAAGGAAGCUGCGGAUAAACAACGACAUGCAGCGGUGGCCCUGGUCCAAAACAUAAGCGAUACCAAGAUCAAAGCACUGGAAGAAAGAGUCAGCAAGCUUGUACAUCUGGAGGAGAAAACGGCCUCCGACAAUGAGAACCUCCACAGAAUGCAAGCAGCGCUCCAAGAGGCGGAGCAAGUUACAGUUAGCUUGGAGCGAGAAGCUACUCGAAACCAGGACAAAAUCAAGCAGGCCGAUACCAUCACCAAAUUCUACGCAUCCUUACAGGCAAAGGUGAAGGAGGUCACGGACAUCUGUCAAGCGUUGGGCAUCGGCUUCAAACGCGGCGGCGACUUGGGCGAAACGAUUUCUGCAGCUUUCACCGCAAUGAUGGAUGCGUACGAAGGCGCUGUAGAAGAAUCGAAUGAUGCUGUCAAGGCACAGAAAAAGGCUGAGAGAACGGUGGAAAGAUACAAGAAGAAGCGUGGUGAAUUGCCUGAGGAUCCUUCAGCGUCGACCCUCGCCCUCGACCAGAAGUCCUUGAAAGAUCAGCAAGACCGCUGGGAGGCUGAGAAGGUCGCCCUGAACCAGAAAAUUGCGGAUCUCACCAAGUCUCUCGAAGACAUGAACAAGCUGGUCAAGGACGCGAAGUUUCUGGAGGUGGAGAGGGAUUCUUUGGUCGAUGAACGACAACAGCUGCAAGGGAAGAACAGGACCUUGAACGGAAAGGUCCUGGACCUCCAGGCAAAGUUGGCGAAGAAGAUCAAGGAGCUCGAACCCUUGCGGCUGGAAAAGAGGUCUCUGGAAGACGAGUUGGCACGUGUGCGAGCCGACAAGGAUGCACUACAGAAGGAGCUUGUUACGACGAAGGAACUGUUAAGAAAGACGGAAGCGGAACUCAACGACAGGGCUUCUCACCGCUCUGAGCCGACUCUCUCGCACCAUGACCAGGAAGCUCUGCAAGCUGAAAUCGACACCCUGAAGACUAAGUUGGUAAAAGUGGAGAGCGACCUGGCAAGGUCCCAGGAGGAGGAAACUCGUCUGCGCAUGUCGAGGGAUACUCUGAGGACCGUGAGGGAAACCCUUAUGGACAAAGUGGAGAACCUUCAAAAGGAUAUAUCCACGCUGACCCAACAGCUUGCCGAUGCCAAAGCAGCGCCAAGUGUCGACGCGAAGAUUCAUGAGCUGCAAAUGGAUCUUGAGAGAGCCAAGCGAGAAAAGCGGCAGGUCGAGAGGGAUCUGAGUGCUGCCAAACGUAAAUCAACUUUAUCAGGACUAGAAAAGACCGGAGAAUACCUGACCCAAACGCUUGCGAUCGAGAAUGAGAAGAAUGAGUGGUGGAAGGCGAAGAGAGACAUGGAGGCAGAGAUCAGCAGGCUCAAGAAGGAGCUUGACUUAGCCAAGAGGAAUUCCGCUGCACCAACAAUCGUCCAGAGCAAACCGGAACCCAACAUCACCGAGAGCAUCACCCGCGCCGAACAGCUCGUGAAGGAGCAAAAACCUCAAGUUCCGCUGACUGCACGCGAUUUCGUCCAAGGAUUGGUUGCCAAGUUGAAAGAGGCGCAGGGCCACAAGGACCUGGCUACCUUUGACGGUGUCGUUCGUGAAUGCAUCGGCCUUCUCAAUGGUGUCCUGAAGAAGCCUGUCUAUAAUGAGAAGGACAAGGAGAUGCUUCGGAACCUGCAGAACGACUUGAAUGAAGCUCUGAGAAAGGGCAAUGAGGACCGCGCACAAAACGUGCGGUUGCAGAGCAUCAUCGACAAGUACGAAGGCAAAAAGGCAAGCCUUGAGAAGGAUGUGAAGGUCCAGAAAGAGGAAAUCAAGAGGCUGGAGCAAGAUAUCAAGGAGAAGAAGACCUCGUUGACGAACAAGCAGCAAGAGAGAGACAUGCUCAAGGAAAACUACGAAGAGCAAAUCAACAACCUCAAUGCUUAUCACAAGAAAGCCGCUGAUGAGCUGAAGAUCAAACACCAAAAUGAGCUGACGCAGCUCCUAAAUGACAGCGACUUGAAGGAGACCAACCUCGAGCAGAAGCUAGACACGCUCAGACAACAGAAUCAGAAAGAGAGGACCAAGCUUGAAGCCGAAUAUACCACCGCGAAGGUGAAGCUGCAAACGGAGGUUGAGAUUCAGCAAACGUUGGUGGCGAAGAAGCGGAAGGAGCUUGCGGAGCUCAAGGACAAGCAAGAGCAGGAGAUCAAACAGCUGACAACGAAAAAAGACAUUGAGAUCGCUACCGUCAGGCAAAUCAAGGACGCCGAGAUCAAUCAGCUCAAGAACCACCAUGUGCAAGAAACUCAGAAUCUUGACAAGCAGCACAAAUCGCGUGUCGAAGAGCUGGAAGAAGAGAUAUCCAAGAUCAAAGAGCAAUACAAGAAUGACCUGGAUUCACUCUCCCGCAACAGUACCAACAAGGACGCUGUCAAGGUGAAGCAGCACGAAAACGAUCUCGCCAAUCUCAAAUCGAAGUACGAAAAGGAAAAGAAGCAGCUCGAGGCCCAACACAAAACCGAGCUCGACAACCUUACGAAGCGGUUCAACGAAAAGAAUAAGAUUGCUGACCAGUACCAGCAAUGUGUCCAAGAGCUGUCGGCUGAGCUCGCAGACAAGAAGAUGGCGCUAGCAGAGUCCAAAGAGCAACUUUCGGCAAGUCAAGCUCAACUUACAAAGCUCACAGCGGAUCACGGGGUCAAGAGUGACGAUUUGCAAGGGAAGCUGAAGUCAGAAAUCGCCAGGGUCACAGCUGACUAUGAAGGCAAGAUCUCGGAGCUCAAGACCAAGCAUCAAGGGGAAUUUACCAGCCUCAAGGAUAGUCACCAAAAGGAAAUCAAGAAGAUGACAGAGGAACACAAGAAGAAGAUCGAGAACCUUGAGCACCGUAUCAACGACAUCAAGACUGAGCUGAAGCAAGAUAGAGCGGAGUUCGAUAAGAAGAAAGCUCAGCUCGAGGGCGAGGUUGCAACUCUCCAGGGGAAGGUCGAUGACAAGUCUGCCAAACUCAGCGCGAAAGAGGCCGAAUUCGACGAACUCAAGAAGCUGAACGAAGCCGAGCUCGCCAAAUUGAAGAAGGAUGUCGCCGACAAUUCUGAUUCGUUGCAGAACAAGAUCGAAAAACUCAGCGAUCUCAAAGGACAGCACAAAACCAAAGUGGCGGACUUCAACAGCCAGAUCAGCGAAAAGAUGGACCAGUUGCAGAAAGCACAGCAUGAACUCAAGCAGUCAAAGGACAGCCUCACCAAGUCUACUGCAGAUUACGACGCCAAGAUUGCCCUGCUAGAGAAGAGCCUUAAGGAAAAGAAGGAUGAGCUGAAGACGAAAGAGGGCACCGCAGCUAGCUCUACGGACCAGAACUCACGCCAGCUCAACAAGCUCAACGACAAUGUUAGGGAUAAGCAGAAGAAGCUGGAUGAGCAACAGGCUGAACUCGACACUCUGAAGAAAAAGCAUCAGGCCGAAACCACGGAUCUCAACCAGACGAUCAAAGACACAAAGGCCAAGCUGAAGCAGAAGGAAGUCGGCCUUGCCGACCUCAAGAAGAAGCACAAGGAACAGCUUGAUGCGCUGGAGAAGACUAUCGAUGAGAAGAAGAAGACUUUGGCUCAAAAGGAAACCGAACUGGAAGACGUGAAGGUCCAGAACCGCCAGAACUUGCAGAAUAUCAACAGGGAAAUCAGCGACAAGGCCACCGAGCUUCUGAAGAAAGAUGGCGAGCUUAGGGGCCUCAGGCAGAAGUACGACGAAGCCCAAAAGACGGCCGGUGGAAGUAAGGAGAAGGACCUUGCCAUCGCCCAGUACAAGCAAACCAUUGCGACCAAGACGAGUGAACUGGACAAGGCAACGAAGGAGAUCACGGCUCUUACCAAGGACGUCAAUGAUCGGAAAGCCCGAAUCAAGGACCUUGAGACCAGCGUUUCUAACAAGCGAGCCGACCUGCAGAAGAAGGAGACGGAAACUUCCGAUCUCAAACGCCGGCACGAAGACGAGAUCAAGAGGCUCAACACUGACCUCAGCAAUCAAAAGGCCAAGUUGGCAGCCAAGGAAGCCGAGGUCGCUGCUCUGAAGUCCGGAAACGCAUCCAGGCUCAGCAGGGAGAUACAAGAGAAGGUGAGCGAGCUGUCGCGGAAGAACCAAUUGGUUGGGAACCUACAAGUGCAGCUUGAUGAUCUCCAGAAGAAGCAAAACGAUCUGGUCAGAAAAGGAACCGAUGCCACCAAGCUUCAAGCCGACGUCGACGCCCUCAACAAGAAGAUCAACGAGAAGAGACAGAAGGUCACGGACCUCGAGGGCAGGGUCAACAAGCUUGAGAGCGACCUCGCGGAAGAGAAGGCGAGAGUGGCCAGGCGCGACAAUCAGAUAGACAGUCUCCAGGGCAAAGUUGAUGCCGAGCAGGGCUCGAAAGAGAUGCUGGAGAAAGACAUCAAGGAUCUCAAGGAGAAGCAGGAGAAGGAUGUCGCAAAUCUGACCAGCCAGAUCGUCGCCAAGAACAAGGAGGUUAUGAAAUACGAGCGCGAUCUCGAUUCCCUCAAGGCGGACUACCAGAAGGAAACUGCCAAUCUCAAGGAUGACAUCAAGAAGAAGGAGAAGGAGCUGGCGGAGAUCCAGACGACCAACAAGCAACUCAAUGCCGAUAUCAAGGAAAAGGAGGCCACACUGAAGACUUCCCAAAGCAGAGCCAAUGAUCUCAACUGGGAGGUCCAACAGAAGAAAGAUCAGAUCAAGGACCUUGAGAUUCAGAACGCCAAGCUCCAGACUGACAUCGACAACAAGAAAGCCGAGAUUGAAAAAAUCAAAGAGGAGAGGAAGAAUCUCAACAUCGAGGCGGACAAGAGCUUUGCCAGGGUUCAAGGUCUGGAUGCCAAGCUCAAAGAGCUCAGCGGCAACUCGGAAGAGAAGGAGACCCAGAUGAAGCAAUACCAAGCCGACCUCGCGAAGAAGGCGGAGACCGAAGCCCGCCUCAAACAGCUCGAGCGUGACCUCGCCGCUAAAUCGGAGUCACUGGCGGAUUACGAGAAGAAGUACAAGCGGGCCAACAUGGAUGCCAACAACUACCGCGCCUCGUUGGCGCACACGCAAGAAGAAGUUGCGAAGCUGGAAAAGGAUCUCAAAUUGGCCAAGAGCGAUGUGCAGUACUGGGAAGACCAGAAGUUCCAGAACCAAGAGGAGGCUGAGAAGGUGCAAGAACAGGUCGACAAGUUGAAGAAGGAGGUCGAGGACAAGAACAAGAUCGUUGCCGACCACGAGAAGGAAAUCCAGACACUCAAGGACACCGCCAAGCGGCUCUCUAGCGAUCUCGUAGCUAAGAAGGCCGAGCUGGAGGACGCCAAGGACCAAGUCACUCAACUCACGCAGGACAACAAGGACCAAUGGGUCGUGGUCGACAAGAAAGAUGGUGAGAUCAAGAAGUUGCAGGGCCAGGUUUCGGAUCUGAAUGCCCAGAUGAUGGGCAAGGGAGAGGAGCUGGUGAAGAAGGGCGAAGACAUCAAGAAGCUCCGGGAUGAGAUCAAGAAAUACCAGACGGAGAUCGGUGAACAUGAAAGUACUCUGGAAGGCACGAUGGCCGAAAUCGAAAGGCUGUCGGACGACAACAAGAAGCUUACUGACGAAACCAGCAGCUGCAAGGACAAGCUGAAGCAAUCCCAAUCCGAAGUUGAUAGCCUCAACAAGGACAUCAAAGACAUGAACGGCACUAAGGACACGCUUGACAAUGAUGCCAAAGCUAAGGAGAGCAUGUUAGCGAACAAGAACAAGGACAUCCAAUCCCUCAAGGAAAACAUCAACAGGUUGAACCAGGAGAUCAGCACCAAGGAUGCCACCUUGGGCGACAAGGGAGAGGUAAUCGAUCAGCUCAAGGACGACAUCAAGAAGCUUAACGGUGACAUCAAGACGGCCAACAGCACCAUCGACACGCUCAAGAAGGAGGUCAAGAACAAAGAUGCCAGCCUGGCUCAAAAGACGAAGGACGUCGGCGCCAAAGACGCCGAGCUUGCCAAAUUGAAGGCAGAAAUUGCUUCCAAAGACGCUGCCCUGGCUAAAACGACGGAUGAAGACAAGACCUUCGAAAAGAACGUCCAGACGCUUACCGACCAGGCCAUGGGUUUGAAUCAGGACGUCGCCGCCAAAAAAGCCCAGCUCGAAAAGGACAAGGCCACGAUUUCGAAACUCAACAACGACAUCUUUGCGCUCAGAUCCGACUACACAAAGCUGAAGCAGGACCUCAAUGCCAGGGACGAAAGUCUGAAAUAUAAGAAAACUCAAAACGAGGCCAAAGACGCUAGGCUCGCCAAACUGGAGGGCGAGCUCCAAGCCAAGGAGGCUGACCUGGCCAAGAAGACCGAGGAAGCCAACGCUCUGGAAAAGGACGUCAAGAAGCUGACUGACGAGGCCACGGAGUUGAAGAAAGAUGUCACUACCAAGGAUGCCCAACUCGCGCAGGACAAGACCAACGUCGACAAGCUUGAGAAGGACAUCGCGAGUCUCAAUGCCGAUGUGACAAAGUUGAGGCAGGAGCUCACUGCCAAGGAUACCAGUCUGAAGCAAAAGACGGGUGAAAUUGGCAAUAAAGACGUCGACCUUGCCGAAUUGCGGGACAAGCUCCGUAUUAAAGAGGCUGACCUGGCGAAGAAGACUGAUGAAGUCAAGGGGUUGAAGCAAGAUGUCACCAGCAGAGAUACCCAACUCGCCCAAGACAAGGACGCGAUCUCCAAGCUUGAGAAGGACCUUGCGAAGUUGAAGCAAGAUCUCAGCACCAAGGAGGCUGGUCUGGCGCAGAAGACGGGCGAGAUUGGUUCGAAGGACGCUGAGCUUGCUAAGCUGCGGGAGCAGAUUCGUGCUAAAGAGGCUGACCUGGCAAAGAAGACUGAGGAGGUGAAGGGGUUAAAUCAAGAUGUUGCCACUAAAGAUGGCCAGCUUGCGCAAGACAGAGCGAACAUCGAGAAGUUGGAGAAGGAUGUAAAGGGUCUCGCGGCCGACAUCGCGAAGUUGAAGGAAGAUGCGGCUGCCAAGGACAAGAGCUUGGUUCAAAAGACCGAGGCAGUCGAGCACCUCAAAGCAGAUAUCAGCGAUCUCAACAGCGAGGUCGCAAAGCUGAAGAAGGAAGGUGUCGACAAGGAUGCCGAAAUCCAAGGCAAGGAGAAGGAACUCGCCACUCUUCGCAAGGAGAUCCGCGAGCUUAACAACCAGGCCAAGCAGUCUGCCCAAGAUUCCAAGAAGUCCGCCAAAGAUCUCGCUAACAGAGAUGCUCUUCUGAAAGAGAAGAACCAAAUCUUUGGGCUCCAGCAAGAAAUCCAGAAGCUCAAGGAUACCGCCGAGGAGCUGGACCAGACUAGCAAGACUCGGGACAGUACGUUUUCCAAGAAGAACGAGGAAGUGGGUAAGCUCAGGGAGCAAAUCAAACAGCUCGAAAAUGAAGCCAGCGGCCUGCAGAAGGAGAAGGAGACGCUUGGUCAGACGAUCAGUUCCAAAGACGGUUCUUUGAAGAAGAAGGAGGAGGAGAUUUCUGGCCUUGAGAAAGAAAUCAAGCAACUCCGGACUCAAGCUGACAUUCUCACGAAGGAGAAGGACUUGGGACAAACCAUUGGCGAGCGAGAUGCUUCCUUAAAGCAAGCGAACAGGGAUAUCGACGAGCUCAAUGGUAACAUCAAGACACUUGAAGAGAAGGCAGCCGAACUCACGAAGCUGAACGCUGGAAAGGACCAAACUAUCGGCGAAAGGGAGGCUUCCCUCAAGAAAGCAAACCAGGAUAUCGAUAACCUCAAGGGAGGCGCCAAGAAGCUGGAGGGUCAGGCCGCUGCACUUGAAGAAGAAAAUGCCAAGUUAGGCCAGACCAUCGGCGCCCACGAGACUUCUCUGCUCGCCAAGGACCAGGAAAUCAAAACUCUGACGGCAACUAUCCAGCAACUUACGUCCGAAGCCAAGGAGCUCAACGCCAGUAUCGAAAAGCUCACCAACGACAUCAGCAGCCAGAACAAGACCCUUGCGCAAAGGGAGGCGAACAUCCAGGCCCUUGAGAAGAACAUCCAGGAACUGACUGCUGAAAAGACGCGACUCGAGAACAACGCCAAGGAGAUGAGCCAAAAUACCAGCGCCAAAGACGCCAACUUGAUCGCAAAAAACAACGAGAUCAAGAAGCUGAACGAGGAAAUUAAGCACAUCUCGUCUAAGGACGCUGAUCUGGCCAAGAAGAUGGAAGAGAUCAACGAUUUUCGAGCUGAAAUGGCGAAGCUCAACGAGGCUCUCGACACCGGGGACAUUUCGCUGAAGCAAAAUGCCGACGAGAUCAAAAAGCUCAAAUCUGACGUCCAGCGGCUCACCGACGAAACUGUCAAGCUCAACAAGGACACCGUGAAGUUGAAGGAGGACAAUAAGAGCUGGCAGGAGAUGGUGGAUCAACACCAGACGGAGAUUAACAAGCUGAAUGAUAGUAUCAGGAAAACAGAGGAGGAAAUCAAGCGCAAGGAAAAGCUGUUGGCGACAAGACAGGGGGAGAUUAAUAGACUCAAGGCCGAGGUGGCGGGUCUGAAGAAGGAUGUUGCCGAGAAGGACAAGCAGCUGAAGGAUCGCGAUGGCGAACUUAGCAAUCUCAAGAAAAGUAUCGCCGCCAAGGAAACUUCUCUGGAAAAGCUCGAGAAGGAGAAGACUGCUCUCGAGAAGAAAGUGGAGGAUCUUGAAGGAGAAGUUCUUUGCCGGAGGAGAUCAUUGGACCUCCGCGAGGCUAAGAUCCUAGAUCUUACCAACUCCGAAAACGCAGCCAGAAUCGAGCUGGAAAAGCAGAAAUCCAGAAACAAGAGCCUCGAAGAUAUCAACAUCGGCCUGCGAAACCGUGCCCUUAACGAGGGCGACUCGCUCGACCGGCUAGGCGUCAAGGUCACGGAUCUGAAUGCUCAGUUGUUCCAGAACGAGAACGAGCUGGCCAGCUUGCGCGAAGAGCGGGACGGUCUUCAGGCCGAUAUCCAAAACCUGACCAAGGCGCUCAGGGACGAAGGCGCCAACGUUGCACAGCGCAACGAGGAUAUCGAGCAGCUGAAGCAGGAACUCACCGCCAAACAAUCCGCUCUCGACGCGAAACAGGCAGCCAUCCAAGACCUCCAGUCCGCCAUCGAAACCCUCGAGUCGGAACUCGAUUCCUACAAAUCCCAACUCGCAGAGCGCCAAAAUGCCUACGACUCACUCACCCAGUCCAGCACCACCUCGCAAGAAGAACUCGCCCGCCGCGCCGCGGAAACACAGGCCCGCCUCAUAGCCUGCGAAGCCGAGAUCGCCUCGCUUCAGUCCGUCAUCACCGACCUGAACGCGGACAUCACCACGAAGAAGUCGCAAAUCGCAGAAAACGAAGAGCGCAUCGAAAACCUCCUCCGCGAAGCGGGGACUAACGAGGCGCAACUGGCGCGCAUGAAGAACACCAUUGCCGAGCUGCAAGAGGAGCAGGAGAACCACCAAAGGUUGUUGGAGGAUUACAAGACCCGUCUGGCGGCAGCUGCAGCCGCGUCUUCUUCAGGUUCGGAUAUAGCAUCAGAUACGUCAUACGAUGAUUGCGGCGAGCCGCUUGUCACCAAGCUGUCGGCGGAUGGGAGCGAGAGGUUGGUGAGGGUGAUUGAUGAUUUCAUGGAGAUGAUUCCGAUGCCUGUGGGGAGCAGCGUGAGCGCGUUGAGUCAGGAGCAGCUGGAUCGGUUGUUGGGAGAAGCGAGGAGAGCGUUGCAGGAGGGAGAGACGAAUGGAGGAGCAGACGAUAAGGAGAGGGUGGUGGUUAGGCAGACGAUGAAGAGGGAGUUGGCGGAGCAGAGGAGGAAGCAAGAUAAGUUGGAACGGAUGAUUGAUGGGUUGGAGAAGGAGUUUAAUGGACGGGCUGCUUCCUCUUCCGGUAAAGGGUCGGCUGAGGAUGCAGUUGCUGCGCAGAGGACUCAUAUGGAGUUGAUGGAUCGAUUCAGGGAGUGGUUGGCUUGGAGCCGUGGAAGGACGAGGUUGCUUGAGAGGGAUCUGGAUCUGGAUGAGACGCGCCAGAGACGGGUGGUGGAGAAGCAAGUGACCAAGACGCUGGUAAACUUGGAGGUUGCAAGGUUGCCGGAACGAAGAGGAGAGAAGUUGUGCUUCUGCGCUUUGAUGAAGUUCUUUGCGCCGAGUGUUGUGAGGAAGAUUACGAACCAAGGGCCGACGUGUCUGGAUUGCCAGAGACCAAAGAAGGCGCAACAACUUGCCUCUUCUACAAAGACGUCUCAGCAUCAGCCCGUCGUACUAUCGUCGAUGUACCACGGCCACAACCACCAACACUUCCCUGAAGUCCAGACAGCGCUCUGCUAUAUCAUGACGGCGAUGCUCUGGUUCGCCAUGUUGGUCUGUAUCCAACCCUACCACUUUGUUACCGUGGGCGUCUCCGGCAUGCUCACUAUCCUGCGGCUGCCGCAGUUUCUGUUCAGCUGGGCCAAGUAUUAUAGCCAAGUUGCCGUCAGACGGUAUCGUCACCAGGAUGAGUCCAGAACCAAGAGUAAGAAGAUGCCAACGCCAACAACGGAUAUCUACGCCGGCUUACAAAGACCGGCGUUCGGCAUCCCGUCCUGGCUCACGGCCUCAUCGCUCGUCGGCUUCACCGUCACCCUCCUUUUUGUGGGCAUGACGCUGACAUACUACGCCAUCUUGCAAGAGAGGCGAGUGUGGAUAAAUGCCAAUGACUGGAGGGGACCGUACUUGCGCAGCUUGAUCGGGAGAGAACCGUAUCCGGGUUGGUCGCCUAUGAAGGUUGAUCAUCGGUUCUGGUUUGAGCCACCGCUGGAGUUCCUGUUGGGAUUGAUGAAUGAUUAUGUGGUACAUCCUCUUUUGUUUGGGAGUGACUAUGGGGGGAAGCGCAUGGAGGAAUGGGACGGGGGUGUAUGA